CCAGGCUCUGUCCGCCGGUGCUACAGUCCCUGGGGGAGCGGCCCCUCUCCCGCGGGGUGCCCCGAACGUCGCGCGAAUGCACCAUGACCGAAGCAACCUCUGGAACGAAGGGUUUAAUUUGGAAGCAGAGAGCAAACUCAAAAUGCUAUUAGUCUUUGAACUCCUCCAGCAAAGCCACACCUCCUGAGCUUUCCUAAACAGGACCAUCAUCUGGGGACCAAGCAUUCAAAUGCCCAAGAAUAUAUGGGGCAUCUUGUUCAAACCACCACAAGAUAUAAAUGACUGAAUAGACCAGUGACACAGUGUGGUGCUGCUUCUGUGUGCCUGAUUUCGGGGCUGAGCCCUUGGUAUUCGCUCUCCGCUGUGCUGUGCACAGGCUGGCGCCAGCCACACAGUGGUGCAGAGCAUGCUUUAGGCAACCUUCCGUAUAGAAUACGACACCUUCGGUGAACUGAAGGUCCCAGCGGAUAAGUAUUAUGGUGCCCAGACCGUGAGAUCUACAAUGAACUUUAAGAUUGGUGGUGCGACAGAACGUAUGCCAAUCCCAGUCAUUAAAGCUUUUGGCAUCUUGAAGCGAGCUGCUGCUGAAGUAAAUGAGGAUUAUGGUCUUGAUCCAAAGAUCGCUAGUGCAAUAAUAAAGGCAGCAGAUGAGGUAGCUGAAGGUAAACUAAAUGAUCACUUUCCUCUGGUGGUGUGGCAGACUGGAUCAGGAACCCAGACAAACAUGAAUGUAAAUGAGGUCAUUAGCAAUAGAGCCAUUGAAAUUUUAGGAGGUGAACUCGGCAGCAAGAAGCCUGUGCACCCCAAUGACCAUGUUAAUAAGAGCCAGAGCUCGAAUGACACCUUCCCCACAGCAAUGCACAUCGCUGCUGCAAUGGAAGUUCACGGGGUCCUACUGCCGGGACUACAGAAGCUGCAUGAUGCGCUCAGUGCAAAAUCCAAAGAGUUUGCGCAGAUCAUCAAAAUCGGGCGAACACACACGCAGGACGCUGUCCCACUUACUCUUGGGCAGGAAUUCAGUGGAUAUGUUCAGCAAAUCCAGUAUGCGAUGGUGAGGAUAAAAGCCGCCAUGCCAAGGAUCUAUGAGCUCGCUGCUGGGGGCACUGCCGUUGGGACAGGCCUCAACACCAGGAUUGGCUUCGCAGAAAAGGUGGCCGCGAAAGUGGCCACACUCACAGGCUUGCCUUUUGUCACCGCCCCGAAUAAGUUUGAAGCUCUGGCCGCUCACGAUGCGCUGGUGGAGCUUAGUGGAGCCAUGAACACAACCGCAUGCAGUCUGAUGAAGAUAGCAAAUGAUAUUCGCUUUCUUGGUUCUGGUCCUCGGUCAGGUCUGGGAGAGCUGAUCUUGCCUGAAAAUGAGCCAGGGAGUAGCAUCAUGCCAGGAAAGGUGAACCCUACGCAAUGUGAAGCAGUGACCAUGGUUGCAGCCCAAGUCAUGGGGAAUCAUGUUGCUGUUACGGUUGGAGGCAGCAAUGGACAUUUUGAGUUGAAUGUUUUUAAACCAAUGAUGAUUAAGAAUGUGUUGCACUCAGUCAGGCUGCUGGGGGAUGCUUCAGUGUCCUUCACAGAGAACUGUGUGGUGGGUAUCCAGGCCAACACAGAAAGAAUCAGCAAGCUAAUGAAUGAGUCUUUAAUGUUGGUGACAGCUCUUAAUCCACAUAUAGGGUAUGACAAAGCGGCUCAGAUCGCCAAGACUGCACACAAGAGAGGAUCAACUUUAAAGGAAACAGCUAUUGAACUCGGCUAUCUCACAGCAGAACAGUUUGAUGAGUGGGUAAAACCCAAGGAUAUGCUGGGUCCAAAGUGACUUAAAUAAAUUUUUAUUAAAAUAAACUUAUAUGAAAUUUAAAAAACAA